AUGCUUUUGUUUCAGAUGGUAGCUAAACCACUUAUCACCGAGCUUGUUGCUCUUACAGAGAAGAAGAUGGACAUGACACUAGAUGACAUAAUCAAAAUGUCUAAAAACCCUAAAUUUACAACAAAGCAAACUAGGGUUUCGUUAUUGUUUUGCUUGAUUGAUUCAUAUUCAUGUCUAUGCAGAACAAGAGCAAAAAAUUUACAAACAGUUUUGCACAAGAUAGAUCUUUUAAGGCGAGCCGGUACAUGGAGUAGAGAUCUUCUCUUAGACAAGGAGUUCUUGCAAAAAGAAGGUCAAAUUUCCAGGGAAACCAAUUUCCCCUUGCAACUGAGGUUGCGCGUAGGGUUGUUGCUGCUCCUCUGCACUAUGGAGGUGCUAACCGAAAUAAGAUGGCUAACUGGAAUAAAUCAAGGUAUUAUGUUUUUCUUUGAUUGCUAUGUGCACACAUGUUAUGCAUCAGAACAUGAGAGAAAUUUGAGGCUGAAUAUGUUAACUUUGAGUGACGUGGUUGAGAGUUAUGGCUAA